GUGGCCGUGCUGGUGGCGCGCAUGCAGAGCAAUGCAGACCAGGUGGAGAAGAAUGUGCUGCGCUCUGAGGAGCUGAUGGCUGUGGACACAGUGAAUGACAAGAAGGACAGGCCCUUACUGCACCAGAAGGAGAAUACAGAGAUCCUAGCUGGGGCUGAGGGGCUGCUGAAGGAUCUGUUCCUGGAUGUGGACCGGGCCAAGAAGCUUUCACACCCACAGGCUGGAGAAAUAGAGAUUGAUGUGAGAAACCUCCAUGACCGCUGGUCUAAGGACUGUACCAUGUACCGGGACCUGUAUGAGGCAGUGCAGGAGGUGGAGCUCACUCCCAGGAUUGACUGGUCUCAGGUGCUGGAGGAGAAACAGAAGCAGAUACGUGCAGAGAGGUACGGGCCCAACCUGUCUGAUGUGGAGAAGCAGAUUGCCUCUCAUAACAUCCUGCACCAGGAGAUCGAGGCCUACGGCUCCCAAAUGAACCGCAGCAGCACUGGCUCUCCGGCAAAGUUGUCUACCAUUCAGAGACAGUACACAGAUCUCUUGGAGGCCUCCCUGUGGAGACACAGGUACCUGGCCUCUCUGUAUGACUACAUGCAGGGCUGCAGUAAGGAGCUGGUCUACCUGAGCGAGUACCAGGAGAGGGUCCUCAGGAAGGACUGGAGCGACCGCAUGCUGGACCCCCCAGGGGUGCGCAUGGAGUACGAGAAGUUCAAAAACAACACUCUGCUAACACAUGAGAGUGAGACCAACCAGCUACAGAUGGAUGGGGAUCGUCUCAUUGAAAUGAAGCACCCUGCCAGCUCCACAAUACGGGCACACAGCGACGCAUUGCAGAACGAGUGGCAGAGCUUCCUAAACCUGUGCAUCUGCCAAGAGGUACACCUUGACAACAUAGAUAACUACAGGAAGUACCAGCUGGAUGUAGAGACCUUGUCUGAGUCCAUGAAGAGACUCAACUCUAAUCUGGACCCCAAAUCACUGGACAACAAGAACAACCCAGAGAUCCUGCUACAGCUUGAGGGUGAUGAGAGAGCGAUAGAGAGGAACGAACAGCGCCUCGUAGCCCUGAGGGAGUUCAGCAGCACCAUCGCCCCUCUGAAGCUGCGGCGUCUCCGCCCCACCAAACCCACCCCUGUGGUGUCCCUGUGUGAAUGGACCAAUGGAGAGGACUCAGUGUCUCAAGCAGAGAAGCUCAUGCUAAAGUCCAACUUAGACAAUGAGAAGUGGGAGGUCCAGACCAGCACUGGGAAGACCAAAACCCUGCCUGGAGCCUGCUUCCUGGUCCCACCGCCAGACACUGAGGCCCUUGAGAAAGUGGAAAGUCUGUACAGAGAGCUUUCUAACCUGAAGAGAAAGAGAACCACUCUGAUGGCCUCCCUGAGGAGCCCCGGUGUGGAGGUGGUGCGCUCAGUGAGAGCAGCCCCUGUGGCUAAUGCCCCAGUGGACACAAAGACCACAGUGCUGGCCAGCCAGCUGGACAAGAUCAGCAAGAACCUGGACCACAGUGAGAAGGACAUCCUGAGCCGGCUGAGGGCCCCUCUGGAUCGCAGUGACACCACACGUGACCUGGCCAACAGGCUGAAGGAGCAUGAGAGGGACACCCUGACUGUUAGGAACCUGGAGGCAGAGAAGGCAGCGGUCCAGAGAGAUAUGAAUCUCAUCCUAGCCCAGAAGCCCCUUGGGCCCACCACCUCCGCCCUGUCACUCAAACUGAGUGGUCUUAACAACAAGUUUGACGACACCAACGUCCUCUGUGACCUGUACAACAAAAAAGCCACAGCUUCCAUGUUCCUGGAGAGGCAGAUCAAUAUGGUGGACAACUCAGUCUCUGGCUUUGAGGAGCAGCUGGCUGAAGAUGCUGCCAUCCCUGAUGUUCCCAACAUCCUCCAGACACGCAUCCAGAAGCUUCAGAACAUGCGCAAGGAUGUAGCGUUAAAGCAGGACGAGAUGCUGAAGCUGAGCAGGGACUUGGAGUCCACAGAGCAGCUGAGCAGCUCCCUGCAGAAGGGCUUCCAUGAGUACUGCCCAGACAUCCGCCGCCAGCAGACAGAGGUCAAACACCUGAAGAACCGCUAUGCCAACGUCAACAGUCAGCUACAGGAGAGAACGGUUCUGCUGCAAGAGGCAACCAAUAAGAAUCAAGGCUUCCAGAGCUCUAUCCAAUCAUUGAACUUAUUUUUGACCAACCUGCCUAAUAAUACGAUCAAUCCAAGUGAUGGACUUUCUCAAAUUAACUUCAAGCAGAACUCUCAGAAGAGAGUGGUGGAGGACAUAAAAAAGAAAUCAGAUGAUGUGGGCCUAGCAGUGAAACAAUCCCGUGACUUGCAGAAUGUCCUCAAUGAGUAUGAGGCCAAAUCUGAUAAGUACCGUGGUACACUGAAAGAUGUGGAUGAUGAAGAUGCAAAAAGACGCCACACAUCCGCCAUGGCUGACGCUGUGCUGAAAAAGGAAAGAGCUCUACUGAACCUCUACUCAGAGGUGUCUGCAGAGAAUGAUCAGCUUCUCAACAAGAUGGGAUUGGCUAAGAACAUAAUUGCCCAAAAUGACGAGAAGGUGAGCCAGGUGGUGGUGAAACAGCAGCGGCAGCUCCAGAGCCAGCAGAAAGACCUGGAGGAAACAGACGUUCUAAAGAGAGAGCUGGCGGAUGAGAUCACCAGGCGCUCCCAUGCUGAGAAUGACCUAGCAACAUACAGAAAGAGGUUUAUUUCACUAAAAAGCCGUAGAGGUGUGGAACGAAUGGAGGAGAGGGAAGUUGUGCAGUACUACCGUGACCCCAAACUAGAGGGUGACCUGGUGUCCCUGAAGAGUAGAAUCCAAGAUGAGACUAUAAAACACUCUGGCACCCAGACCGAGAUAAAGGUUGUCAAUGAGAAUAUCAUCCGCCGGGAGACUGAGCUGACAAAUGUCAAACCUAGGCUGUUGACCAAGGUGUUGACUGAGUUUGAGAGGGACCCCCAGCUUGACAAGGAGGCCACCAAGCUGAGAGAGGAGAUGCGCAAGCUGGAGCAGGAGGUCCAGGUGAGAGAUACAGAGACGGUCCACAUGAAAACUGAGAUCACAGUUCUGGCACAGAAGAGACCAACUAUCAAAGAGAGAGUAGUGAAAAAGGAGGUGGUGAGACUGGAGAAGGACCCGGAGAUGCUGAAAGCAGUUCUGACCUUUCAGACCGAAAUCUCAGAGGAGGGGUUAAGAUCCAAGUCCCUCAAUGAUGACAUAUUCCGCACUAGGAGCCAAAUAAACACACUUGAGAGGAUCAUUCCCACAAUCCAGCCAAAGAUUGUUACCAAAGUGCUGAAGAGGGUGGAGCAGGACCCAAAACUUAUUGAUGAGGUUAAGACUAUCCACACCAGCCUGGAAGAGGAGAACAAGAUCAACAGUGAUUUGAUGAAGGAACUCACCAGCCUCCAGAUCCGAUACAGUGAAGUGGAGAAGGUACGGCCCAAGCUUGAGGUCAAGGAGAUCAUCAAUGAGAUCUACAGGGUGGACCCUGAGACAGAGGUGGAGCUGGUGAGGCUAAGGAAAGAGCUGCAUGACUCUAAUCGAAACCGCACUGAUCUGGAGAAAGAAAUCGACUCAGUUAUGGUGGAUCUUAAAUCUCUGCGUUCCCAGAAACCCAAGUCAGAGUACAAGGAAGUGACCCAGGAAGUGAUUAAAGAGGAGAAGAGCCCAGAGGUCAUCAGGGAAAUUAAGAGGUUGAACGACCAGGUUUCACUUCUGCGGGUCUCAUAUGACAGCACCCUGGAUCUGCUGAGCCGCCUGCGCAAAGAUAGAGAUGAAUGGAAGGUCGAAAAGUCUAAGUUAGAGACAAAGCUUGUUAACAAAGAGGUGGUCAAAUACGAAAAUGACCCCCUACUGGAGAAGGAGGCUGACCGUCUGAGGAGAGAUGUGAGGGAGGAAAUCCAGCAACGACGCAACAUGGAGGAAACUGUCUUUGACCUGCAGAACAAGUACAUCAUGGUGGAAAGGCAGAAACCAGAGGAGAAGAUUGUGAUGCAGGAUGUGGUGCGUCUUGAGAAGGAUCCAAAACAACUCCUGGAGUAUGAAAAGCUGAACAAGAACUUGGAUGAAGAGGUUAAAUCCCGUAGAAAACUGGAAUUGGAAGUUCGACAGUUGAGAGCCCUGGUUGAGGAGAAAGAGAAAAACUUGGCACUGAUGGAAGACCGGCAAAAAAAGAUCCAAGUAGAAACAGAGCUUAGACAGAUCAAAUCUCGCGUCCUUGAGCUUGAAAAUACCCCUCAACCCAUUGCGGAGAAGAUCAUUAUUGAGGAAGUCCUCAAAGUGGAGAGAGACCCCAAGCUUGAGAAACUAACCAGUGGCUUACGCACAGACAUGGAUAUGGAGGAAACCAACAUCAGACGGUUGGAAAGGGACAUCCGAAACCUGAAGAUCAAGUUGGACAUCCUGCGCAAGGAAAAGUCCAUUGAAAAGACUGUAUAUAAAGAGGUGAUUCGGGUGGAGAAGGACCAGAAUGUGGAGGCUGAGAGGGACCAUCUCAGAGAUCUAGUGUUGCAGGAAAGAAGUUCCAGACGGGAUCAAGAAGAUGAAAUCCAGAGGCUUAAUACCAAAGUGACCCGGCUCCAGACAACAAAGUCAAGCACCUCUCACGAAGAAACAAGCAUCACCCUCAAUAGAGAUUCCCUGAUGAGAGAGAAGGAAAAUCUCCUCAAAACACUGAGGACUUUGGAGUCUGAGAAACAUGAUUUAAGCAUAUCGUUCAAGCUGCAAUCCAAGCUGAUGAGUGAGAGAAACCAGAUAAACAGGCAAAGAGGCUUCAAGAUGGAUUCUGAGGUACAACGUCUAGAGAAGGACAUCCUGGAUGAAAAAGACCGGAUACACCAAAAGGAGAUCUACAUUAUGGAGCUGCAGAACAAUCUUAAGAAAGACGACCACUCUGAGACACACACCAUAGAGACCAACCUCUCCACUAGAAUCAGCAUCCUUGACCCCGAGACUGGCAAAUACAUGUCACCAUAUGAUGCCUACUUAGAGGGCCUGAUUGACCGCAACAAGUACAUCCACCUUCAGGAGCUACAAUGUGACUGGGAGGAGAUCACCUCAAUGGGUCCAGAUGGGGAGACCUCGAUUCUGCAGGAUCGCAAGAGUGGAAAGCAGUUCUCUGUCAGGAAUGCUCUAAAGGAUGGCCGCUUGACCCAGUCCGAUCUGCACCGCUACAAGGAGGGUAAAAUGCCUAUCUCAGAAUUUGCUCUCCUGGUCGCUGGGGAUUCCAGACCAAAGCCUUACAUUGGUCCAGGCAGCAGUAGCAACCUGAAUAUUUCUAGCGGUGAUGAGCUCUUCCCAAUCUCUGGGGUGCUGGACUCCACCACCAACAGCCGUAUGUCUGUACGUAGUGCCCUGACUCGAAACCUUAUUGACCCAACCACAGCCCAGAAUCUCCUGGAGGCACAGGCAGCCACGGGUGGCAUCGUCGACCUCAACAGAAAGGACAAGUUCUCUGUUCACAAAGCAGUUGAGCUGGGUCUCAUUGACAAAAGUCACAUGCAUCUGCUGCUGAAUGCUCAGAAGGCCUUCACUGGAGUGGAGGAUCCUGUGACCAAGGAGCGUCUCGCAGUAGGGCAAGCUGCUGAGAAGGGCUGGAUACCUCAGGAUAGUGCCAUGAGGUACAUGGAAGCACAGUACCUGACUGGGGGGCUGGUGAACCCCCAUAAAGCUGGUCGCAUUAGUGUCCAAGAUGCUCUUAACACCAAGAUAAUCGACAGCACAGUAGCCAAGAACCUCCAAGACAAGUCUGCCCACACCAAAGAGUUGAUUGACCCCAUCACGAAAGAGAAGAUUUCGUACAAGGAGGCAAUGGAUCGCUGCAAAAAAGAUGUCACUACAGGGCUCUUGCUGCUCCCUGCAGCCUCCAGCGGUGACUCCAAAGAUGCACCAUCAUACUCCAACUAUCGAUUCCCUGGCUGACACAUGCCAGAUCUAGAGAGAUGCUGCAGCUCCAGGUGCUAAAUAGAAAUAGAAAUUCACAUCACAACACAAACACAUGUUCUUAUGUCUUUAUGGUAAAGGUAGAACAUUUUUAUAGUUCUGAUUGUUGAAGUCAGAAAAUGUCUAGGUUGUACUGUACACAUUUACCUGUUCUUUAUUGAUGCUAUGAUUCUCAAGAGUUGCUGUACACAUAAUUUAAAUGAAUGUUUGGUGAAGAGCUUUCUUUGAUUUGUUUUUCAGUAUUGUGAGAGCCAUUUCUUCCAAUAAACUUUCAA